AUGGAUCGGCGGCGAGCUAUCUCUACCCGCCCUGCUUCUUCUGAAGAGGUGGAAUGUUGGUCCCAUGCAGCAGAGUCCCUAAAAAUUCUGGCCAAUAAAUUUACGACUACCAGCCCUUCUGAUAUAGUUGGUCGGGUGAAUAGACUCAUAACGGCUUGGGAUCCCGACGACCUGGUUUCUGUUCAGGGCUGGGAAAGCUUUAAGGACGUUUACAAGAAAUUAAAUUCGGGCCUGGAAAGUAUCAGGUCUUCAGCAGAAGAAGAAGCGAAAGCUAUUGACGAGGCCAUGGAACGUGUAGGCGUUCUCAUCGCGUUACGAAAAGCACCAGAAGCUCAACCACAAGAAAAGAGGAACAAACGUCCACGGGCGCUUUCGCCGUCUGGCACGCCUGUUCUCACACCACCUGCGCCAGGGAAUAACCGCACGAUGUCCAUUACACUACCCGCGAGAACCAGCUCUGUAGGACCUUCAGCCCUAGUCCGAAAACGCGAUACCAAGCCACAGCCUCUUCAAGAGAGAAGAAAAGUGGCAUUUCAUUCCCCUCCUGCAAAAGGUGAUACGGACGAAAAUACAUGGAUACUGGCGCUUGUUACGUAUGAAGUUCAAGAUGCUGAGCCGCAAGAAGACGGCAGUCCCAAUACGCUCUACAUCACAUCUCAACGAAACAUGAUACCUCUACCAGACCCAGACGCGGCUCCUGGCAGCCCAGCACACGUCAGCUCUUACCCCGAGUUUGCCCCUGGCUCCACCGUUAUGGCCUUAUAUCCCGACACGAGUUGCUUUUACCGUGCCGAAGUGAUCCAGACGCCCAAAGAAAUGCAAUUGUCGAGCAGGGUGUCUUCGUCAAAAUACAUGCCUACCUACAAACUCAAGUUUGAGGAUGAUGACAACCAAGAACAUUCUGUCUCUGCACACUGGGUCGUUGAUUGGCCUGGGAAUUGA